AUGGGUGGGAACAUAGUUAUCAAAGAUGAGGAAAAGGCUGAGGUAUUUAACACCUUCUUUACCUCAGUUUUCAACAGUAAGACAGAUUGUCCUGAGGACAGCUGGCUUCUGGAGCUUGUAGACAGACAUAAGAAGCUGAAUAGCCCCCCUGUAAUCCAGGAGGAAACAAUGACUCACCUGGUGGAUGAGGGGAAGGCUGUGGAUGUGGUCUAUCUGGACUUCAGCAAGGCCUUUGACACCGUCUCCCAUAGCAUACUCCUGAAAAAGCUGGCAGCCCACGGCUCGGACAGGUGCACUCUGUGCUGGGUUAGGAACUGGCUGGAGGGCCGGGCCCAGACUGUGGUGGUGAACGGUGCUGCAUCCAGUGAAGAGUUAACAAAAUCAAAGCUUUCUACUCCAGCUAAUGAAAAGGGAAACAGUGACCUUCUGGCAUGGAAUCCACUCUUAAGCAGUUCUCUUGAAUCUUCCUCUUCAGGCCUCAUAGUAUCCUCAUCCUCCUCAGCAAGACCCACAAAUCGUCUUUCUGUAGGCACCACUGUCCCCCCUCCAAGGCCUGCUUCAUCACCAAAAUUGUCUACAGGGAAAUUUAGUGGAAUUAAUGAAAUACCUAGGCCAUUCAGCCCUCCAUUGACCUCUAACUCAAGUCCACCACCUGCAGCUCCCUUGGCACAUGCAGAGAGCAUUUCCUCAAUAUCCUCUUCUGUUUCCCUCAGUACAGCAAACACACCUACAGUUGGUGUUUCACGUGGUCCCAGCCCUGUGAGACUUGGAAACCAGGAUAUCGUGCCUGUUGCAGUAGCCCUUACUGAAUCUGUUAACGCCUACUUUAAAGGAGCAGAUCCCACAAAAUGUAUUGUGAAGAUUACUGGUGAUAUGACAUUAUCGUUCCCAAGUGGGAUUAUUAAAGUCUUCACCAGCAACCCAUCUCCAUCUACGCUCUGCUUCAGGGUAAAAAACACAAGCAAACUAGACCAGAUUCUUCCAAAUGCACAACUUGUAUACAGUAAUCAGUCACAAAGUGACUCUAGUAGUAAGGAUUUUUGGAUGAACAUGCAAGCCAUAACUGUCUACCUCAAGAAAUUAUCUGAGCACAAUCCAUCUGCAUCCUAUUAUAAUGUGGAUGUUUUAAAGUAUCAGGUAAACACUUUUUUCCCUUUGGAAUUUUUUAAGGAACUCUGGCAGAUUUCAUAUCUAUACAGAAAUUAUAAGAAUUGUUAUUUGCCUGUUUGCAUGCAGAUGAACUGUCAUCCCUCAUCUAAACCAGUUCUGGAGAACUUCACUGAGAGCAGCAAUGUCGAUGUUGACACGAGCCAGCUCAUGAGCAAUUAG